UAUGAAGAAUGAGUAGCCUUAUUCCUCAUAUAAGUAAAGAGAAAAAGUAAAUUAAAGUAAGAGCAGUCGGCUUCAUGUUUAUCUUUUGCUUUUACCUUUGUUUACACUCUCUUUUCAGCUCUCAAACAGUCACUUUCGCUUCCUUUUUAGAAAAAAUAUAUUCACACCACCACUAAGCUGCCAAAUUUUCCCUUACAUAACUCCACAAACUUCAUCUCCAUUUCUUUGUCUUCUUCCAACAUUUAGAACGCUUCCAUUAAUUUCCCUCGCCACAACAGCAAAUUUCCAACCGUUGUGAAACAUGGAGAUAUUGUCUCAAAUCUGGUCUUUCUUAGGCCUUCUAACAGUUCUCCAAAACGUUUUGCCUACUCAGCUUUUAUCCGUGCUUCACUCUUGCUAUGAAUCUAUUCAAGAUUUCUUCAGCCCUUAUUCUUACUUUGAAAUCCCUGAAUUCAAUGGCUAUUGUGGAGUUGACGUUAAUGAUCUUUAUCGACACGUAAACCUGUACUUGAACUCCAUCAAUUCCUCAUCCACUUGCCCUCGUCUUACACUCUCUCGCUCUAAAUCUUCCAAAAGCAUUUCGUACACAUUGGCUCCUAAUCACACCGUUAAUGACACCUUCAGGGGGCACCACCUUUCGUGGACACACCAAGUCGACAACGUUCAAGACUCCGUCGAAGAAAAGCGUAGCUUCACCCUCAAACUUCCCAAACGCCAACGCCUCGAGCUCCUCACACCUUACCUCGAGCAUAUAACUGCUCGAGCAGAGGAGUUCGAGAGGGUUUCUCGUGAAAGGAGACUCUUCACGAACAACGGACAUGGUUCGUAUGAAUCUGGCUGGUCCUCUGUUCCUUUCCGCCACCCUUCCACGUUCGAAACACUCGCCCUCGAGCCGGAGCUAAAGACACAACUCAUGGACGACCUAACUGCAUUUUCAGAAGGAAAAGAGUUCUACCACAAAAUUGGACGUGCAUGGAAGCGUGGCUACUUGCUAUAUGGACCUCCGGGGUCAGGAAAAUCGAGCCUCAUUGCAGCCAUGGCGAACUUUCUUUGCUACGACGUGUAUGAUCUCGAGCUUAGCAAAGUCUCAGAUAAUUCUGAACUAAGAGCUUUACUCAUACAAACAACAAAUAGGUCCAUCAUUGUCAUUGAGGAUAUCGAUUGUUCUAUUAACUUAACGGGCGAUAGGAUGACAAAAACAAGAAAUAACCAUUCCAUGCACAAGAAGAACCGGCAUGUCAUAGGCGAUAAUGCAGAAAAUAACGGACGGGUGACAUUAUCGGGCUUGUUGAAUUUCACCGAUGGACUAUGGUCAUGUUGUGGAGAAGAGAAGGUAAUAGUUUUCACUACAAACCAUAAGGACAAUGUAGACCCGGCGUUAGUUAGAUGUGGGCGAAUGGACAUGCAUGUUAGCCUUGGCACGUGCGGGAUGCAUGCCUUCAAGGUCUUGGUCAAGAACUACUUAGGGUUGGACUCGCACGCUUUGUUUGACGUGGUGGAGAGCUGCAUAAGGUCAGGUGGGACCCUCACGCCAGCUCAUAUUGGAGAGAUCUUGUUGAGAAAUAGAAGGGAUGCUGACGUGGCAGUAAAGUCCGUGUUGGCUGCCAUGCAAGUGAAGAUUAUAGGUGCUGACAUGGAUGCCACGGAGGGUGGACACGAGUAUGAUGACAUGGCAAGGACACCGGAGAGUAUAGGUCGAAGGUUGAUGGAGUCACCGGAUAAUUGGCCAGAAGGUUCGCCGGAGAAGAAGAAGAAGAAAGAUGGGUCAACAUGGGAGAAAAAUGUCAAAUUUUUAGUAAGACUUAGAUCGUUGACCAAGUCUGACUCAGGAAGAAGGGGUGUAUAAUCUUUGAUUUUGCAGUCCGAAAUGUAAUUAAUGGAUGAUUAUCUAACUCAUUAGUUAGAUUAAUCUGUUAAAUCAGUGGCUAAAAUGUAAUGUUCAAUUACCCAGUACUUACUACUCUUUGAAAUGGAAGUCUUGGCUGGAUUUGCCAGUCGUA